AUGACACCUUUGACAAAUCUAGAAGAAAAUCAAUUUUUAAAUGCAGAAUUAUGUUAUAUUUGCACACAACCCUUUUCAGAUGAUGAUAUUAAAUGCAAAGAUCAUUGCCACAGGACUGGAACCUAUAGGGGUCCAUCACAUCAAUGUUGCAAUUUACAGUUACGUGAAACUUUUAUGAUACCUAUAGUAUUUCAUAAUUUGGGAUAUGAUAGUCACUUCCUAAUUAAACAUUUAAAUACGGACAUUGAAGGAAAUUUUCAAAUAUUACCUCUAAAUAAAGAAAGAUAUAUUUCCUUUACAAAAUUUGUACAAGGUACUAAAUGCAGUUUACGAUUUAUCGAUUCCUAUAGAUUUAUGUCUGAAAGUAUCGAUAAGCUUGCCUCCUAUUUGACUACUUCUCAAAACAAAAUUUUAAAAUCGUUUUUCCCAAAUGAAAUCCAAUUUAAUUUGUUGACACGAAAAGGUGUUUUUCCUUAUGAGUAUUUAGAUUCUUGGGAGAAACUUAAAGAUGAAAAUUUACCUCCUAAAAAUGCUUUUUAUAGCACUCUUACUAAAACACAUAUUAGUGAUGAUGAUUACAAUCAUGCAUGCAACAUAUGGACAGAAUUUCAUAAUAAUACGUUAAAAGAUUUUUCGGAAAUUUAUCUAACUACAGACGUAUUAUUAUUAGGUGAUAUUGUUGAAAAUUUUCGGGAAACUUCUUUAAAAACAUAUGGCUUAGAUCCUCUUCACUAUUACACAGCUCCAGGAUUAUUAUUUGAUGCAUGUCUUAAGAUUACUGGAGUAGAAAUUGAGUUAUUAGAUGACAUAGAUAAAGUAAUGUUUAUCGAACGAGGUCUACGAGGAGGAAUUUCACAAGUAUCCAAUAGAUAUGGCAAAGCAAAUAACAAAUAUAUGAGUAAAGACUAUAAUGAACAAGAUCGUGAUUCCUACUUAAUAUAUUGGGAUUUUGUAAAUUUAUAUGGUACAAUAAUGUGUUUUUCUCUACCUUAUGGAGGUUUUGAAUGGAUAGAUCCUAAUGUGAUGUCAGAUAUUACAACCGUUGAUAAAAACUCUGAUAUCGGAUAUAUAUUAGAAUGUGACAUUAUUUAUUCAAAAGAACUAUUUAAUAUACACAAAGAUUUACCCUUAUGUCCUGAACAUCUAAUACCACCAAAAUCAAAAUCCAAAGUAACAAAAUUAUUAACAACUUUAUUUGAUAAAAAACACUAUAUAAUUCAUUACAGAGCUCUUCAACAAGCAGUAACACUAGGUUUAAAACUUGAUAAAAUGUACAGUCUUAAAAUUCAAUCAGGCACCUUGGGUGAAGAAAUAUGUUGA